AACUCUCCUGGUCAUGUUGUAUUCCGCAAUGUCUAUUUCAAUUAUCCAACCAGAAAACAGAUCAGAGUACUUCGUGGAUUGAACUUGGAGAUACAACCCGGUACUACGGUAGCACUAGUUGGUCGAUCUGGUUGUGGAAAAAGCACUGUGAUGGCGCUGUUGGAAAGAUUCUACAAUCAAAGCAGAGAUGUGUCUCGUUGGGGCGGAGAACAUCAGAAAAUGACAUUUGCGAAUCAUUACAGUGAGCAAGUGUGCAUCGUCAGUCAGGAACCGACGCUUUUCGACUGUACCAUUCUUGAGAACAUCUGCUAUGGAUUGGAUGACCCUAAACCUUCCUACGAGAAGGUGGUUGCUGCGGCAAAAAUGGCAAACAUACACAAUUUUGUGCUUGGGCUGCCAGAGCGGGUUAACGAGCACACGAGUGGGCGAGAAAGGUACGCAAUUAUCGGGCGGGCAAAAGCAGCGAAUCGCGAUUGCACGAGCGUUGAUUCGAGAUCCGCCUAUACUUCUUCUGGACGAGGCGACAAGUGCGCUCGACACCGAGAGCGAAAAGAUGUCCAAGAUGCUCUGGAGGUGGCCCGUCAAGGUCGAACGUGCAUAGUAAUUGCCCAUCGUCUGUCAACAAUUCAGGAUAGUGAUGUCAUAGUGAUGGUCCAAGAGGGAAAAGCCACCGACAAAGGCACUCAUGAACAUCUGCUGUUGAAAAACGAAGCUGUACCAACGGUUAUGCGAAACACAACGACUUGUUGA